AAGCCACUACAAUGGCGGGCACCCAUCCCUGUCACCCCUAUAUGAUGACACAGAAAUAGCCUAUAACUGGCACAAGCAGCAGUUUGUCUUGUGUGUAGUCUGCAAUAACAACCUCUUAUGACCCCAGCACUUUUGCAAAAAUGAAUGAGCCAGUACAGAGAUGGGCACCACUAAUGGUCACCCCUACAUGACAUAUAGCUGCAGCCUCCCAUUGUCUGUCCCUGUGUAACAAAACAAAUCCUCCUCAUACAUAGCAGCAACAGCUCUGCCACCAGCCUGCCCUCCCCCAGCCUAGCAGCCAUUGGCUGGCCCCUUUUGUCCUGUGGGAGAGGCCGUAUAAGAGAGCUGCCUCCUGCUCGCAGCCCCCUCCCUUUGUGCAUCAGGCAGCUGCAGCACAUUUGAAUGUAUAGAAAAGGGAUUUGCAGGGACCAUUUCCAUGGGCCAUCUGUCUCCUAAGCAGCAGGAACAGUCAGAGCUGGAGCCCCACCAUCAUCCGUCCCAGGAUAAGCCCUGCUAACCAGCACCAGGAUCCCACAAACAAGCCGCCCCAGCCAGGAUGGUCCUAGUGCACGUCGGAUACCUUGUUCUUCCAGUUUUUGGCUCUGUGCGAAACAGAGGUGCCCCAUUUCAUCGUUCCCAGCAUGCUCAUGCUACCUCCUGCCGCCACGUUCAUCACUUGGGCCCUCCACCUCAGCUCCCCGACUUCCCUCUCCAUCAUCAUCAUCCCGUCCAGCCACAACAAGGAAUGAAUUCGCACAUAGCUACGGCCCACCAGCAUAAUGGACCACUGCACCAGCCCCUGCCACCCCUGCCAGGCCUGCAAUUCCAGGAGGUGGCAGGACCCUCCUUCCUACCUCAGGCCAUACACCAGCAAUACCUCCUUCAGCAGCAGCUCCUCGAGGCCCAGCACCGCAGGCUUGUUCCUCAUCCAAGGCGGACUCAGGAACGCAUGUCUGUUCACUCUCAUCGGUUACGCCCAGGCUUUGACUUCAGCCACCAACUUCAAAUUUCUCAACCAUUGGGGCCUAGGUACUUGGCUGAAGGCACAGACUGGGAUCUGAGUGUUGACGCUGGUUUGACGCACGCCCAGUUCCAGGUUAGGCCGGUCCCUCAGCACUAUCAGCAUUACAUAGCGACUCCUCGGCUGCACCACUUUCCAAGAAAUACGUCGUCAGCACAGAUGGUUGUCCACGAAAUCAGAAAUUACCCCUACCCCCAGUUUCAUCUGCUCGCCCUACAGGGUAUAAGUCCGACACGGCACACAUCUGCAGUAAGGGAAAGCUAUGAAGAACUCCUACAGCUAGAGGACCGUCUGGGAAAUGUGACUCGAGGGGCUGUACAGAACAUAAUUGAAAGGUGCACAUUUCCACACAAGUACAAGAAAAGAAUACCGCAUGAUGGCAAAGACUCAAAAGAAGAUGAAGAGGAAUCAGACACAGAUGAGAAAUGCACAAUCUGCUUGUCUAUGCUAGAAGAUGGCGAGGAUGUAAGGCGCUUACCUUGUAUGCAUCUAUUUCACCAAGUCUGUGUAGACCAGUGGCUAGCUACAAGCAAGAAGUGCCCAAUCUGCAGAGUGGACAUUGAAACCCAACUUGGUGCUGACAGCUGAGUUGAAUUUCUCCAGAAAGCAUCAUUUUUCCUUAUCAGGUCAUGUGGCCAUUUAUCUGCAGCAAAACUAUUGCCUUCUGAGCCAUUUGAUUUAGAGGAAAGCCUGCAAGCACAUUAUUCUGGAGAUGAAAUUGUGGGCACGUAGUAAUAAUCGAGGAUCUUAACAGCCAUAAAGCCCUGAAGCAUUGGAAGCUGUUCUUCCCAGAGUGGCCCAGGGCUGAAGAAGAAAGUAGCUCUGAUAAUAGUGAUGAAGGUACUAGCGAGAUAGUCUGGCUUGCCAAUCCUGCACUUCAUAGGAUUGUAUAUAUACCUCUCAAAAACGUAGAAUCAAGUAGGGGUCUUUAGCUAUUUCUGUGGAUGGCAACUGGAGCAUGUUAGCUUGUUACAAAAAUGUUCUGUGUUUGAUGCCCUAGUCAUCUUGUGGUGGAAAUGUCGCUGUUAACCUAAUUUUGCACCAAAUAUUAUUUUUCUUGGAUGUUUGGUGCCUGAAUGAGCCGUGAUGGUUGAUAUUAAGAAACUUCCCAACUUCCAAAAUCUGAGACAAAAAACAAAAAUCCUGUUUACAGUUAAAAGGAUUGUAUUUUGCGCCUUGAUUUUUAUUUAUUUAUUAUUUCUAAUUUCUGUUUACAGAGGAUCGUAAUGAGAAAAGGCCUCGGUAGAACAUGUAUCUCAUUAAAUACCUGUAAAACAUUUAUCCUGGUUCACUCUGCUGUUGCUGGAUACUUGUCUUAAAGCCAUGCCCCAUCUCUGCUAACACAAAGCAGAGUCAGUACCAAGAAGGAAUUAAAGUUCUUAAAGAAUCCUAUUGGCUCUAAAUGAAGAGCACACCAGAACCAUUGAAAUGAUUGAGAGGUACGAAUGAUAUCCUUUUGGAAUCCAUUUGCAUUUCAUGUUCUCCAAAAAAAAAAAGGAAAUGUUUAGUUGUUUGUCAUUUGAACUUUGUAGAUUAGCACUUUUUGAGUCAUGUCCAAUCCGAAAUAAGCCACUUUGUUAAUUUUGUUGAAGAUGGACCUAAAAGAUCCUCAUAGCACAACAUGAUCCAGGCCAUAAAUACGGCAACAUUGUUAAUAAUGUUGUGGGUGAAGCUUUGUUACUUCCGUUCCCUACAUGGGUUGGUCAGUUGUCAUAAAGCCAUAUAUCUCUUGUGGAUAAUUAUUUGACAAAUCAGAAUAAAAAUGUAUCAAAUUUAUUAUUAAAAUGUGCCAAAUAUUUACUUUUUAAAUACAAUAUCAGAGCUAUUACUGCUAGAAACCCAUGUGGACUACAUUGUUGUGUUAAAUACCAAAUUCUACAAGCCUGGCACAUGUUGUUCAACAAAAGAAAAAAAAAUGGAGGACCAAAUUAUUAGAAUGAAGAUAAGAAAUGAAAAUUAUAGGAAAACAUGUGUCUUCCUUGAUCUUCAAACAUCUAAAAAAAAUUUUUUUUUUUUGGUAAUGAUGAAUACAUCUGCAUGCAACAGACCAUCAUAAACACUGAGUGAAUUGAGAUGCACUGAGUUAUUCAUCUAAAAUAAUAUAUAUAUAUCAUAAAAAAUCCAGUCCUAUUUUGUCUUAAAGCAGCAAUGCUUAAAAUAUUCACUACCAGCUCCAGCUAAAUGCUUUACCCUGCCUCAGCCAUUGUUCAUGCAUUAGUGGGUCUAGCAGAUAUUUUAUAUUGAUUUCAGUUGAUAAUGCUACCGCUGCUUUCAUUGGUAAUCCAGUCAUGUCUAAUGAAAUGCUGGAUGUCUGUUUACAUGUGACCUUCCCUGCUUGGUUUUUAGCUGCCAUUUCUAUGUCACUUUCUAUGUUUAUAUUAUCUGUUAUUAACUUGUGUGCUGAUUUUAGAUAUAGCUCUGGCUGUUCAGUGUUUGAAAAUAAUUUAAUAUACAUCUACAAGAGCACAAUAUGCUUAACUACACACUAUCAUGUCCUCCUCACUAAUUUGUAGCUCAUCAUACCUUUUCCCUAAGGUUCCAUGUUGCAGGGAGUCAGGCAUUUGUAUGUGUGAUUGAUUUACUAAUGUUCCGUUUUGGUAUGAAUUUGCCAGUUUUACCAAUCGCAUAGAAAUAAAAACCCACGCAAGUGUCUUUCUCUUUAAAGGGAUUUUAGCUUAUUUAUAUGAUAGCAAUUAGAUAAAAGAAAACUUAAUGUUAAAUCCUUUUAAAUGUAUAUAACUCUCCACAGCUAUCUUGGUGGAAAUGUUUUUUUUUUUGUGUUUUUUAAAUGUGUUUUUAAAAAUUGCCUUUUUUUUCCACUGCAGUAUCAUCCAAAAAUCCUCUUAAUACAUUUUUAAAUAAAUAUGCUAAAAAUAUUUUUUAUUUUUAAUGUAAUGUUCAAUUACAUUCCAAGCCAUAUUCUUCUGAAGGUUCACAGGAAAUGCCUUUCUCCAAUUACUUUAUUGGACAGAACAAAAUUUGUUUAUUUUUUUAAAUCAAACUGUAAAAUUGCAAAUUUUCAGAAUUUGAUUUAUUACAUAAAUUGUAAUACAAUUAUUAGCGUCAUGGAGGAACAUGAUAGUGUGUUAUUAAUGAAAAUAUAUCAAAUGGUGUGCAGAAUAUUUUGAUGGCAGUAACACUAUUCUACUGGAUCCAGCAUCAGCAGACCAACUGUAUAUGAUAUAAACAAAUGGUUCGCUCCAAGCUGUACUAUGCUUAUAUUCUGUAUAAUUUCUCCUAAGCACGGAGCAAACUAUUUCUUGGAAGUAGGGGAGGAUUCCUAUUACAGUGUUGGAAAAAAACAAAGUAUUAAACUGUU